UCUGUUCGUAUAAUACAAAUUUUAUAAUCAAUUUAGAACCAUAUUCCCGUUAAUAUUUUGGCUUGCAAUUGUUCAUGAUCACUUAUUUCUGGUGAUAAUACAUGAAUCAAUUGUAAAUCUAUUAAUUAACUAGGAAUUUACGUUUCGUUUUCCUAAUAACAACUGACACUGGCCUACACUAACUUUAUAUACAUACGAGGGUGCGAUAGAAAAUGCAACAGAAUUGUUGCAAAAAAUGUUUGACAUCUUCAGUCAGAUCACUCAAUUGGAAAUACAAGUUAAUUUUUUGAAAACUAUGAGACAAUCUGAAUGUGAAAAACGAGAAGAGGCAAUUCGUUUGUGCCAAUUGGCGAAAAAUAAUUAUAACGUAAUGAAAGAAGCUAAUUCUACUUUGAUACAGGAUUUAGAAUCUAUACAAAAGGAAUUAUCCAAUACAAAGGAACAAUUAAAACUAACAAAAUAUGACUUGAAAAAUCGUUCUGAACAGUUAGCCAAAAGUCAAGAGACUUUAAUUAGACGCAAAGAGGAAAAAAUGGAUUUGAUGGCUCAAAUAGAGAGUCAAAAAGAAGAAAUUCUUGCGCAAAACGCUAUUAUUUUGGAAUUACAACAAAAGCAGUAUACCACAGAAAUGAAUCUUCAUAACAUCAAAUCAAGUUUAGAAAUGAAAGAGAAUGAAUUAAAUGAAGUUAAACAACAAGUAGAAACUGAAACCAAAAAUAACGUUUUGUUAAACGAUACAAUAAGUUCCUUGCAGAAAUCGAAAUUUGAGCUUCAAGAGCAUCUUGAAGAUUUAGAGGAUGAAUUGCAACAAUAUAUUUCUAACAUUGAAGAAAUACAAUAUGAAAAUGUUAGCAUUAGGGAAGAUCUUGAAGAGGUAUUGUUACUCAAAUAUUCUCUAAUAUAUCGAUUAUUAGAUAAUUUCGCUCCUCUAAACUUUAUGUACCUUAUUCGAGGUUUCUUCAAUAUAAAUGAGGGCUGUGGUAAAUAUUUGGCGAGUGAGGUCUUUGAGUAUAGUUGUUAAAAUUUGUUGUCACAGAAUUUGAGUAUAAAUCAUUAUCUUGUUUCAUUCUUAAAGACAAUUUUUUUUAAGUAGUGAUUAACAACGUCUCUACUGGCAAAUUGAAAUUAUGAUUUUGGUCAAUACAAUAUACGAUAGUUUAAAAAAAUAAAACAUUUUUUGAAAAUUCAAAAUAGAUGUAUGAAUAAUCGAAUAAAUAAUAAAAUCAAGUUGGCAAAAUAACCCAAAUUAGCUAAGAGUUUGUGUUUAUAAGAUGCUAGAAAAUGUGCAAAAUUCUUUUCCAUUGAAAAUUUACAUUAUAUUAUCGUUGACUUUGUAAAUUUUGAAACCCAUUGCGGAAGAUUGAUAUAAAAUUAAUAUUGUAUCAUACCGAAGAUUUUACAUCACAGAAAAUAAGGAUUUUAUAUAAAUCAAUGUUUCAAUUAAAAAAAUGUUGAUGUAUUUCUAAUUUCCUCUGUAAAUUUCUUUUUAUUUCUAUUACUUCUUGUCGUAGUUGUUCUUAUAUCCAAAUCCAGGUUCUAGAAUAUCCUCGUUUUACAGAAUAGUAGGAUACUCCGGAGUAUUCAAUUGCUGUAUACUUAUAUGGGGCGAGGGACAAGUUAUGCGGGAAAGAAUAACAACCUUACCAACCAAUAUCUGAUCUCGUUAUACUGUUAUAGUUUGUUUACUAUUAUGGAAGGUGGAGAAAAGUUGAAAAUUAUCUAUUGCCUACGAUAAAUGACUGCUCAAAAACAACUUUUUCAUAUAGACAGAUUGUUCUCCUUCUUUCUACCUUCCAUAGUUUACUAUUGUAAAGAUCUUUAACCCCACUUUACCGCAUGUACCAUGUAUAAUUUGGAAAUUUUAUCGAUAAUAAUCUAUAAAGAAGUACUGGAGUCUUAUUGUAAGUGAGAUUUUCUUUUUUCAUAUAGAAAAUAUUGAUCUUUUCCUCAAGUUCGUAACGUUGAUUAUGAUGAUAUGAAAAGCCCAUUUAUGAUUUUAUUUACUGAGAA